CGCCUACUCGGUAUUUCUUCAGGACACGUCGCUGCUCUCGCACGGCUCAUUCAAGCAAGUGCACUGUCAUAUACUGCUUUCAUCACUGCGAAAGGUUCUUUCCACAUCGCUUGUACAGGGCUCAAGUGUUUGUUGUUGCGCCGCACAUCGUUGUACUAGCCUCUGUAUACGACAUCGGACACACCGCAAGAAAAGAUGAACUCUCUUUUCAAUUCCGCCUUGAAGCAGUCUUCUGCUAUCCGCCGCGAUCUGGACACAUUCUCCCAGUCGCCGGCCACAUCGUCCGCCGCGCUACAAGGUCAAAUUGCGGCCUCGCUGGCAUCACUAUCCCGCACCAUCGAUGACUACUCGGCCCUGUCGAAGAAAGAGUUGAUCCCGGAGAAGCAAGAGAAAGCCUUUGAGCGAGUGAAGAACUUCCGCACCGAGCUUGCAGACUACCGGCUACACUUUGAGCGACUGCGCAAAGAACGAGAAGAUGCACAAUCCGUAACGAACCGCAACGAGCUCCUCGGCCGACGCCCACACAACACCGCCACCCCCGAAAACCCCUACGCGCAAUCCUCUCUGCCCAACCCAUCCCCGUUCGGCAACCCGUCCUCGGCCCGAUCGGGCCUGGGAUUUGGCGGCGGCGCGGCCGACUACACCCGCGAGACUCAUGCGCUGCGCGAGCAGAGCUUCCUCGCCAAUACCGGUACGCAGCUGGAUGAGUUCCUCGAUCGGGGUCGCGCCGUCCUGGCGGAUUUGGGGCAACAGCGCGAGGUGCUCAAGGGCACGCAGCGUCGACUUUACAGUGUUGCGAACACGUUGGGGGUCAGUGGGGAGACGAUUCGCAAGGUGGAGCGGCGGGCGAAGCAGGACAAGUGGAUUUUCUGGGCCGGGGUGCUCAUCUUCUUCCUCUUCUGCUGGGCGGUACUACACUUUCUGAGGUAGGAAGCCCUUUGUAGAGGAAUUGAGAUGUACUUCCUGCUGCCAUCUGGGGGCACUGUUCUUUUUUUGCUUUUGUGUUACUUGAGGGUUCAUUUGGCAAGCGCCGGCGUUGGGCACUGUAUUGGUUGAGAUAUCAAUAGCUCCUCUUUUUUCUUUUGUUCUUUCUUUCUUUUUUCUAUUUUUUCUUUCUUUCUUUCUCUCCUUGGGAAACGAAGGCAUGUACUUUUGUACUUUUGUAUACCAGAGAUGAUCGCGAGAUUAUCAGAUGGCAUUUUGGAGUCCAGAGUUGAAUUACUAGCGCGAUAAGUGGAGAAGCCGGAUGGAAUCGCGUCGACGAGCGCAACAUCCAAGGCUGGCAUCACGUCGGCUAAGCCGGAGUAGGAUGGAGCACGGGGCAACUUGGAAGGCAACAAAGCAGCAAUUGUAUUGAUCCUUGGCUCUCGG